CCGUGGGACCCGUGGGGCCAGCAGGACACACCAGAACGGGGCAGUGCCCGGGGUGGAGCCGAGGAGGAGCCGUCCCUCGCCCCGCUAUAUCAGCCCCGCGUGCGGCAUCGCGCUCUCUUCGCCGCUGUCAAGUCACCAGGUCGCAGCAAUGACGACUUACACGGACAAGGGAGAAAAGCCCCUGCGAGGCCGCUUCAUCCACUUCCACUCCAUCACCUUCUGGGUGGGGAAUGCCAAGCAGGCUGCCUCGUAUUACUGCAACAAGCUGGGCUUCGAGGAGCUGGCGUACCGGGGGCUGGAGACAGGCAGCCGGGAGGUGGUGUCGCACGUCAUCAAGCAGGACAAGAUCGUGUUCGUUCUCUCGUCCGCGCUCAACCCGGGGAAUGAGGAGAUGGGCGAGCACCUGGUGAAGCACGGGGACGGGGUGAAGGACAUAGCCUUCGAAGUGGAGGACUGCGACUUCAUUGUGCAGAAAGCCAAGGAGCGCGGAGCCGUGGUGGUGAAGGAGCCCUGGGUGGAGGAGGACAAGUUCGGGAAGGUGAAGUUCGCUGUCAUCCAGACGUACGGCGACACCACCCACACCUUGAUAGAGAAGCUCAACUACAAGGGGCUCUUCUUGCCUGGGUACCAUGCGCCCCUCUUCAAGGACCCCCUGCUGCCCAGGCUGCCGAGCGCCAAACUGAGCUUCGUGGACCACGUGGUGGGCAACCAGCCCGACCUCCAGAUGGUCCCAGUGGCAGACUGGUACCAGAAGAACCUCCUCUUCCACCGCUUCUGGUCAGUGGACGACAAGCAGCUGCACACCGAGUUCAGCGCCCUGCGCUCCAUCGUGGUCACCAACUACGAGGAGACCAUUAAGAUGCCCAUCAACGAGCCAGCGUUUGGCAAGAAGAAAUCCCAGAUUCAGGAAUACAUCGACUACUACGGAGGGGCCGGAGUCCAGCACAUCGCGCUGAACACCUCCGACAUCAUCUCGGCGAUCACCAACCUGAAGCAGCGCGGCAUGCAGUUCAUGGAUGUGCCGUCCAGCUACUACCAGCUGCUGCGGGAGAGGCUGAAGGCUGCCAAGAUCAAAGUGAAGGAGAACAUCGACAAGCUGGAGGAACUGAAAAUCCUGGUGGACUUCGAUGAGAAAGGCUACCUGCUCCAGAUCUUCACCAAACCAGUUCAAGACAGGCCCACGGUCUUUCUGGAGGUCAUCCAGCGGCACAACCACCAGGGCUUCGGCGCCGGGAACUUCAAGUCUCUGUUCGAAGCGAUAGAAAUCGACCAGGACGCGCGAGGCAACCUGACGGUCCUGAGCCCCAACGGGGACAGCGAGCGCAUGUAGCGGCAGAGCGCACCCAGCCUCCGUUGCCGGCCCCUAACGAGCUGAUUCCCUAACGAGCUGAUUCACAAACGAAACGGGACCGGGCCGAUGCUUGGGUAAAGAGCCUGGGGAAGUCGCUGCCAAGCUGGCGACGUGCAAGGACUGAUCCUGACCCAGCCCAGGGGUGCCCUCGGGAGAGGGGAUGUGGGAAAUGGAGACAGCAUUUCACGAACCAGCCUAACCCCAUCCAAGCCCCCCCCAAUUCCUGACACAGGGCACGUGCCCAAGGCAUGAAGCUCCAGAGGAAGACACAGGAAACAACUGGAGCACUUAUACCCCGUCUAUGUGAAGUUUUCCAUUGAUUUUAGCUAUGCAGGAAGCUGAGAGAGGAAAGCAUUCAGGGACUUGCCUCUCUGCGUGUCUCUUUUUAAUUAUUACUCCUUGCGGCGUUUGUGGCGAUUGCCUGGCUCGGUCCUGGCUGCAGGUGAGGACUCCCCUCGGGGCAUUGCCCUGGGCACUGUCACAGUCCUUUGCAAGGGGGCUUUCCCCACUGGCACAAUAAAAUCCAUUUCUGUCACAG